CUGUAACCCUCAACAACACAAAAGUGCGCCGCGCCGCCGAACUCGCUGACGACAGAUGGCCCGCUCUACCCCGAUCUCGCGCCACGUCGGCCGUCUGUCGCGCUCGCAGGUCGCCGCCAAGCGCGGUCUCUACAAGGGCAAGAAGACCGCCGCCCCCGCCAAGAAGGUCGAGACCCCCGCUACCACCGAGAAGACCGUUGGCGGCAAGGCCAACGGCCAGAAGCGCUCGAUCCCCACCGCCAAGGCGUCGAAGUACUACCCCGCCGAGGACGUCCGCAAGCCCAAGCAGGCUCGCAAGCUCGCCGCCAAGGCCGGCCUCCGCGCCUCGAUCACCCCCGGCACUGUCCUCAUCCUCCUUGCCGGCCGCUUCUCGGGCCGCCGUGUCGUCUUCCUUAAGCAGCUCGACUCGGGUCUCCUCCUCGUGACCGGCCCCUUCAAGCUCAACGGUGUUCCCCUCCGCCGCGUCUCGCAGGCGUACGUUAUCGCCACCUCGACCAAGGUCGACAUCGCGGGCCUCAAGGUCCCUGAGUCGGUCAACGACGCCUACUUCGCCAAGGCCAAGUCGGCCAAGUCGACCAAGGAGGGCGAGUUCUUCGGCGAGAAGGGCGAGAAGAAGGCCUUCCCCGAGGACAAGAAGUCCGAGCAGAAGAGCGUCGACGCCCCCGUCCUCGAGGCCGUCAAGAAGGUCGACAACCUCGCCAAGUACCUCAAGGCGUCGUGGGGCCUCUCCAAGGGCGACCGCUUCCACGAGCUCAAGUUCUAAGUGCAUUUGUUAGAGCUGGGGUCGGGCGCUGGGCAUGGUAAUGCAUGCAUGUACUACCUUCACGCAUGGCGUGAGCGGGGAUCUUGUGUUUACAGGCGCGGCAGGGGAGGACGGGCGAUUGCAGGCGAUGGAAUGGUGUGCGCCGGCGAGCGGUAGCAUGGCGAAGUCCACGUCCAGCACUGCCCGUUUCUGGCCCGUUUCUGGAUCAAGUGUUGCGCAGAGCGCAGAGUGCGCACAGCGCG